AUGCGGGUGCGGCGCGUGGUGCGGGCGCGGCCGGAGGCGCGGCGUACGGCGCGAGAAGGGCACACCUUCUGCAAAACCACGGCGGAGGUCGUCUCGGAAUCCGAGGAGAUUACAUUUCACGAGUUCCCCAGAGAAGUGCAUCUCCGUGCUGCUUGGCUCAGAGCCCUCGGCAAACAAGACACUCUCCUGCCAGAGCCUGCUGUGGUCUGCUCGCAGCAUUUUCUGAACGAUGACAUUUAUGAAACAGAAAGUGGCUCAAGGCGGAUUCGUACUGGUGCUGUCCCCUCACCAGUGCUGGUCUGCAUGAUAUGCCUGGACACUCACAGCAAGCUGUUUCUGAUGAGUAAAUAUCAGUUGGAAGAAGCAUAUGAACAUUUAGUGGGACAUCCUUUGUGUGGUCAAGGAAAGCUCAAACAAACGCUUUGUGUGCAAUGUGCCCAGAGACUGGUGAACUUUAGCGCAUUCAGAGACAAGAGCUUGAGAGCGCGCUCCCUGAUGAUGGAGCUACUUGACAGACAUGAAGUGAUAACUAUACGACAUGUCAAAUUGAUAAGCCGCGUAAAAUACCAACUACAGUCCGACAUUGUCUCGGCGGUGUCGGAGCCCGACUACUGCGAUGUGUACAUAGCACACUCCGACGCGGACGGACGGACAGAACUAGACGCGACUGCCGCAACUGACGAAGCAGUUGCAGUCAAACCGGAAGCCGAGCCAGCCGCCGCCCAAACAGAGUUAUAUCCUUUCAGCCACAUGAUUCCCAAGCCGGAGUCGUCGGAGGACUGCGAGCAAGCUUCGGGUAAGACAACUAACUUUACACGCGUUUUAGCUCCUAUGUUGCGACAGAUAUCUUAG